UGAUUUGCCGAAAUAUAUAUAUAAAUAUAUAUAUAUGUAUCUUCGUGCUCUUUUCUCUGCAACACAAAACACGCAACUAAAUUUCGUUUAAAAACAAUCAAAAACAACACAAAAUGGACUAGUUUCGUAUUUAAACCCUUUACUCGGCCGUGUAGUACCCAAGUGAAGUGGAUUUUCCCAUGGAAAUUGUUUUCGGAAACUUACACAAACAUUUUUUCGUAAGCGCUGCCUGUGUGUGCCUCUGCUCUGCCUUUGCCAUUGCCUCUGCCUCUGAUGUUGUCUCUGUCUCGUUCGCACAGCAGAAUUACUAGUUGCUGUGUGUGUGCGUGUGUUCGCGUGUGUUUGUGAUUUCGCGUACGUUUUUUAUAUGCUAAAAACUAAACUUAAUUAAAUGUGAAGGAGUGAGGAGAGGAGCGCAUCGGCAAUCAUUGAAAAUGCAACAUCUGACCGCCAACGAAAGAGUAGCAGCAGCAGCAGCCACAGCAACAACAACAGCCGCAGCAGCAGCAACACCAACACCAACAAAUUACUACACAUUACUACACUAUAUUUGUGUCCGUGUGCGUUCGUGCGUGUGUGUUUCUAUGUUCACAUUGAAUAAUGUUUAAACAUUUUUGGAUUUUGUAUACAAAACAAUUUUAAUUUGUAGCAGAGAAUCGGCUUAGCAGUUAAUCGAAGAGCAGCCAACUAAUAAAUUAAUCUAUCAAUCGCCUCAAACAAAAAGCAAUACAACAAAAAACAACAAAUUAAACGACAACAAAAUGGGACAACACCCGAAAUACAGCAACAAAAAGUUAAACAUGUAGUUACAAAUCAAAGCAAAACAAAAGGAAAGAAAAGAAAAUAAAAGCAAAGAAAAGUUUAUUACGAAUCGCAUUAACACAGACGUAGCCAUUAGCUUUACAGAGAAAAAAAAAGCAGAAGCAGAAGCAGAAACAUAAACUUUAGAGAGCCUAUAAAAGUACGCCUUCCAAUAGUUAUUAUUAUAUACAAGCAUUAUAUACAGCCUAUAUACAUACAUGGACAUAGCCAUAGCACAUACAAAUUCGAUAUGGAUGGUUUAUACAAAAGGAGGAGCGGGAUGAUGACGACUCGAGGCGGAGAAUCGGGGUUAAAGUGCGUUACAUUCUAACGGUGCAAUCAAAUCUUAUUAUACAUAUAUAGGCACACACGAUCAUAGUAUAUAGAAUACGAGUAUAUAUACAUAUAUAUAUAUAUAUUUCUUACAUCAAAUACUCUAAACUAAACAAUUUUUACAAUCUGCUUGAAAAAUCAAAUCAAAUCAACCGCAAACGCAAUUACUUUAGUAAAAAUUACUUUAAACAAAAACAAAACAAAACAAAACCGAUAGAAAGCAAAGAAACAAAAAGAAAAACAUUUAAAAAAGUCAAGUGCAAAUUACGAAAACAAAUUAUUCUUAAUAGAACAAAAUAAAAUUCAACAAAUUAUUAGAAAUAUUAGAAAUUUCAAAUAUUAAAACAAAAAAAAAACAAAAAACAAAUUUAUCCUAAAGCGUAUUUCUUAGGUAUAAAUCAAAUGAGUAACAAACAAAUUUUUAUAUGUAUAUGGUAAAUGCGCCCCAAGUGCUUAAGCAACAACAAACACCCCAAAAACAAAGCAAAAACAAAACACAUAAAACAAACCUAAUGUUAAACAACAACAACCUCAACCAACAGCGAAUCGAGCAAUAUUAUCAAUAAUGAAUCAUUAAAUUGUUAAACGUUAAAGAUUAAAUGUAAUGUAAAACAAAACAACAAAUUAAAAAAUUUAAAAAAAUCAACUAAACAAAACAGCAACAACGCUAGUAACCUGCCAACAAAAGACACCAACAACUCAUGCGGUGCCUGAAAAAGUACAUCAUCAUCGCCUUACAACAAUCACAACAACAGCAACACCAACAAAAACAACAACAAAAACAACAAGCAAGUGCCUCCGCCUCCCCAGAGGCCAGGGGAUUAGGAAUAGGAAUAGGAUCAGAAACCGAAACAGAAAUCAGAAACCGACGACCAGGAACUGGCCCCCCCGAACACCCACACCCCCCAUCAUUCGUGGGCGGCAGCUAAAUCGCCCAGAUAUCUUGGAUUAAUCAUCACUUAGCUGACGCCGCCGCCGCCGCCACGCCCCAAAGCGGGUGUAUGGGGGAUGCGUUCUAUGUCAACAACAACAACAACAACAACAACAACAGCAGCAACACCUUUAACUUCACCAACGAUCACAGCAGGCUAUGGAUAUACAUAUGAAGAAACUAACUAAACCACGGUACUGCAACUUACACUUUUUUACCAACACAGUCACACACUCUUACCCUGAAAAACACACACACAGACAUACUCAAGCAAUAAAAGACUCCAAUCAGAUGUAACCGUAGAACUGUAGAGCUAUAAAACUGUAAAAACCCAAAGAAAACACGAUCAAAAUUCCUUAGGAAACAAAUCAAAUCAGCAUUUACAAAGAAUAAGUCUGUUCAAGAGAAAUCAAUUGAAAAGACAUUGAGUCAAAGAGAUAUACAUACAUAUUUAUUUUGUGCUAUUGAAAGGAGAAAAAAUACAUAAGAGGAGCAGCAACCACAACCACAACAACGAAUAGAUUACAUGAUAGUGCUAGUGCUAGUGCUUGUGCUUGUGCUUGUAAAACUGUUUGCCCUAACAGAGGAGAAGAGUCAGUGAGCCCUGCCCUGCCCGCCCUGCCCGCCCAGCACGACGACGGACGACGGACGACGGCAAAGCCUUAACAGUCGCUCAGCAGAACGGAGGCAGCAAAAUGUUGCCAGCAACAACAGCAGCGCCGAGUGACUCCAGCAACACAAACACGAACAACUACAACUACAACAACAAAUACAAAUACAACCACAAAGCGCCUUUUCAACGUCGCUGCUGUCACAGAAGCAAAAUUACAACGAUAACAUAAGAAAGAGAUAGCAACAUAAAGAGAGCACAGAGAGAGAAAUCAAACUUUCAGUUCACCGUUCGAUUAAGCCGAUUCGUUACCCCAUCCCUCCAUCCCGCCACCCCUUACCCCUUGCCCCUUGCCCCUCUUCCCCAUCGUCUGUCCUCCUUGUCUGCAAUCUUCUUUGUUGUUGUCUGUGCAGUGUUGGUGCGGGGGUGCCCCGUGUGGCGGUGUGCCGGAGUGCCUGCGUGCGUCGCCUGCCUGUGUGCCCUCUCAGGGGAGAAUUUAAUUAUUUUAUUUGCAUUAAGCGCGCGUUAUGGCACAACAGCAGCAGCAGCAGCAACAACAACAACAACAACACCUACAACAUCCACACCAAAACACCAACAGCAACAAUCAACUGCAACAGCAACAGCAGCAGCUACAACUACAGCUACAGCUACAAGAACAGCAAGAACAACAACAACAACAGCUACAGCUACAGCAAUACAAUAACAAUUUCUACAGCCAAAACUAUAACAUGGAGGAAUACGAGCGACGGAAGCGACGAGAACGUGAGAAAAUCGAACGGCAACAGGGGAUACAGAUCGAUGAUCGGGAGACGGCUCUGUUUAGCGAGCCGCGACGGCUGACGGAGGGCGAUGCCGAGAUCACGGCCGCCCUGGGGGAGUUCGGCGAUGCGAGGGUCUACAUCAAUCAGUCAACGGUGGGGAUUAGUCGGCACGCGCCCGGCGCCGGCAAUCCGCGUCUGCAGGCACCGCCGCCGCCCAAAACCCUCGGCCAUUCGCACUCACCCUCGUCCUCCUCCGCCGCCGGCUCCGGCUCCGGCUCAGCCCUGCCCGGCCAGAGCCAGAGCCAGCAGCAGCAACAGAAGCAGCAUUACCAGCAGCAACAGCAGCAGCAGCGACCUCCGGGCUAUCUGAAGCAGGCGGACAACAAGCCGCCGUACAACGGACGCGGCGGCUACCCGGGGCAGCCCAUGAAGAACGAUAUACCCUCGAGUAGUGGCAUGGCCCCGCCCCGGGGACCGCCCAGAUCUGGCUCUGGCUCCAUCUCAAACUCCAACAGCAACUCGUCCAGCGCCACAAACAAUGCCACCGGCGGAGCCGCCGGCACGACUCCCCUGGGUCCGCCCUUGUCCACGCAGAUGCCCAAUGGGCGGGAGAAAUCGUUUCUGGGACCACCGGCGCCAGCGCUCCACAAUGGCGCUGGGCUCUUUGUGCCUCCAGCGGCCAGCAAGCGGCCCGGCGGCGGCAGUGGCGCCGGACUGCAGCCGCCCCCGCCAGAGAAGGACAUCACCAAGAUGAUCAGCGAGAUGACGAACAGCUUUCGGGUGACGGCCCCUCUGACGUCGAUAGCGGCCACUCCGCACGCCCCGACGCGAGAGAACUACAACCUGAACGGACCCAACACGAACAAGUAUGCCUUUGGCCCGAUCGGCUCGCCGCCCAUCGGCUCCCAGCCCUCGUCCCUGAUGGCCCCGCUGUUCGCCCCCAUUGCGCCCAUCGCCUCGCCCAUUACCUCCCUGCUGACGACCCCGCCACACGCUAGUCAGGGAUCCCUAGGCGGCGCGAGCCCCGUGGCGCCGCUGCAACAACUGCCGCCGACGCCGCCCAAGGCUGCGGCCGCUCUCUCCCCCACAGCAGCGGCCAAGCCGCUCAAGACGGAGAAGAACCAUACGUUGGAGAAGCAGGAUUCAUGCCUCGAGAACGAUCUGGAGCUGUCCGAGUCGGAGGACGAGCAGCGCAAGAAGGAGAGCAGGUCGGCGGGAAACAGCAGCAACAGCUCCGAGUCGGAUUCCAGCGAAUCGGGCAGCGAGUCGAGCAGCAAGGGAGACCACCAGCAGCAGCACCACCAUCACAACCAUCACCACCAGCAGCAGCAGCAACAACUGCAGCAGCAGCAGCAGCAACAGCUCCUCCAGCAGAAGCAGCAGCAUCAGCAGAUCCUCCAGCAGCAGCAGCGACAAUUGACGGCGAAUGGCAGCAAGAAAAAGUACAGCCACUCGAUCAUUGCCGGAGGCGGAAGCACAAUAAGUGGACUGCUGACGUCCAGUGGGUUCGGCAGCGGAGGCGCUGGCAAUGGCGGAUGCUCCACAGCGAGCUCUGGCGGGGGCGGAGGAGGCAGCGGGUCGGGCGGAGGAUCGGGCAGCAGCUCGGGCAUCGGGACCAUGAGCAGCGGCAGCUCCUCGAACAAGACGCCCUCGCCCACGGAGAGCAACAAGUGGACGCUGAGUCGCUUCUUUCCGAAGCCGGCCAACCAGACCAGCUCUGAGAGCGUCUCGCCCGGGAAUGUGAGCAUGAAGGUGCCUGGCAUCCUGCCAGGCGGCGCUCAGAUCAUACCCGAGUCGAUUGAGGUGACCACGGCCAUUGUGAAGAACGAGAAGAUCCACGACGACCACAUGGACAUGGACGAGGUCGAGGAGGAGGACGAGGAUGAGGAGCAACUGCAGCAGCAGCAGCAGCUGCGCUACGGCGCCGGACUGAGUGUCACCCCCGUGGCGGUGGCCGUCAAGAAGGAAGCCCUGGACGGCGUGGGGGAGAUGGGGGGUCUGCCGGCGAUACCAAAAAACCAGAUAAAACGGGAAGCGGAGGCCCUGCACUCCGCCGCUCGUCUAUCGGACUCCGGGACCAGUGGCAGCGGCAGCACCUCCAGCAGCAGCAGCAGCUCGGAUAGUGCCCCCGGCGAGGUGGUGCCGAUGCCGGGCCCCGGCGAGACGCUGCAGCUUCCGGGAGUGCCGGCUGCCAUUACGACGGUGAUGCGGGUGCACCCGACCCUGAUGCAGAAGGCUCCGCCAAAUAGUGUCACCCUCACGCCCAUUCUGCCGCUCCCCGCCUCGCCCAAGCAGCGCCAGAAGAAGCCGCGCAAGAAGAAGCCCGCCACCAGCGCCCCCAUUCUGGACUCCAGCGACGAUGAUGACCCGCCGGCUGCCAAGCAUGCCCUAGAAUUGUCCGCCGCCGCUGCAGCUGCGGCUCAGGCCCAGGCCACGGCCACUGUUCCGCCGCUGGCCGUGAAGAAGGGACGCGGCAGGCCUAGGAAGCAGCAGCAGAGUGGCGGCAGUGGGAACCUGAGCAGUGCCUCGGCCGGCAGCAGCUCCCAGACGAAGGGACCCACGCUGACGGCCGCCAAGAAGCCGCUGGUCAAAGGCCCCGCCAUGGCCAAUUCGAGGAAACGAGACCAUUCCAGUCAGAGCAGCUCCAACGGCAACACACCCACAAAGAAGCUAGCCAUGGGCACGGGCACAGGCACAGGCACAGGCACGGCCAUGGCAGUGCCCAUGACAGUGAUACCAUCCGGUCCGGCCAAUGCCAGUGCGGUGGCAGCGGCCAGCAGCAGCUCCGACGAGGACAGCUCGUCGAGUACCGGUUCCACUGGCUCCAAGUCGAGCAGCUCCUCCAGCAGCAGCGACGACACAGAGACCACCCAGAACAUAAAGUGUCGGAUCGUGAAACUGAACAAAACGGGAGCAGUGCCGCCCCUGGCCCGCUUGGGAGCUGUUGCUAGCGCGGGUGCGGGUGCGGGUGCGGGUGCAGGGGCCAGUGGGAGCAGUUCCCCGAGCAGCAGCAGCAGCGAGCCCGAGGAUCAUCUGGUCAUGAGCACGGUCAGCGCCCUGCCUAUGGCCCAGCAGUUGAUGCAGCCGUACAAGCCGCGAGCCGUCAGCCAGCACAGCCAGCACAGUCAGCAGCUGAGCAGCUCCGAGUGCUCUUCGUCGAGCGGCAGCAGUACCAGCGGCGACGAGGACGAGGCCAAGCGGGAGAAGGAGCGGGAGCGCAAGCGGAAGAGCGACAAGAACAAGAUCAGCACGCUGACGCGCAUCUUCAAUCCCAAGGAGGGGGGCGCCAAGAAGCAAGGCCAGGUGGUGAUCAUGGACCAGUCGGAGGAGCAGCAGCAGGUCAAGGUCGGCGACUCCUCCUCCCAGCCAGUCCCAGUCCAAAACGCGGCGAUAGCCAAGCUCCGCAUGACGCCCACCCAGCAGCAGCAGCAGCAGCAGCUGGGCGCAGGUCUGGCCUCCCCGGCACGGACCACGACCCCGCAUUUGACAUCGCUGAUAUGCAAGAUUGACCUCAGCAAGCUCUCCCGCGAGCGGAUCAUGCGGCUGAAGAAGCUCACACCCUCCCAGCAGAACGGACAUCUGACGCCCAAAGAUCUGGUCACGAUCCAGACACAGGGACAGUCACAGCCCGUACAGGUUUCGGCCCCGCAUUUAACACCCAACGGCUAUGCCGGAGAUGGGCAUGGGCAUGGGCAUGGGCAUGGACAUGGGCAUGGGCAGGGGCAGGUGCAGGGGCAUCUGCUGCCUGCAAAGGUGAAGCACGAGCAUCCGCAUCCGGUCAAGCCGGAGCCAGAGCUGGAUGCCGGCUACGAGAGCAAGUUCAAGCCCGGCAACGUGAAGCAAGAGUUCCAGCUGAAGCAAGAGAGGGAUCGUGAGCGGGAGAGGGAAAGGGAUCGGGAUCGAGAGCGGGAGCGGGAGAGAGAACGGGACCGGGAACGAGAGCGGGAACAGCCAACAGGAGGACGUCGGCGCAAGCGCAGCUCCAGCUCCAGUUCGAGUCCGUACAAGGAGAAGAAGCGGAAAAAGGAGAAGUCCGACCAUCUGCAGAUCAGCAAGGACCAGCUGCUGCCGGUGCCUGUCCUGCUGCCUUCCAACAACCACGAGCGAAUAUCCUGCCACGAGCGGUUGUCUUUUGACAAGCUUCAGCUGCUUCAUGAAGACGCUGCUGCCGUCGCCGCUGCCGCUGCCGCUGUCUCUGCCCCGAACGGUAGUCCCAGCAAGAAGCUGCUGGUCAUGUCACCGCUACCGCCUCCACCAACAGCCGUAGUCGUGCCCCCCGCCGUUGUGGCGCCCUCCACAUGCAGCGAAGCUGUGCAGACGACUCCCCCGUCGGCAGCAGCAACGGCCACAGCGGCCACAUCCACGACGGGGACCUCAACGGCUCCACCGGUGCCGGUCACGCGUCUCAUAUAUCGAUCCUACUUCGAUCGUGAGGAAGAGCCCCACAGCGAUGACCACAGAAAAAACAAUCAGUUCCUGGUGGAGGCCGUCAACCGGAAGCAUGCUGCCGACUCGGAACGCGACUCCUUCAAUCAGGUCACCCUCUAUUUGGAAGCCGUUGUCUACUUCCUCCUUACCGCCGAUUCCAUGGAACGCAGCAGCUCUGAGCAGGCCACAUGGACCAUAUACAAGGACACCCUGUCGCUAAUUAAAUUCAUUUCCUCCAAGUUUCGGCCCUACCAGCAGUCAACGAACGGACAGCACGAAACGCACAACAAAGUGGCCAUACUAAGCUUGCGCUGCCAGUCGUUGAUAUCGCUUAAGUUGUACAAGCUGCGACGGACGAAUUGUCGCACUGUCAUCAACAGCCUAACGGAGUUCUUUCGCACCGGCAGGGGGGACAUUGUCAAUGGCAAUACGCCGUCCUCCAUAUCACCAUCGAACUCGGUGGGCUCACAGGGCUCCGGUUCGAAUACGCCGCCAGGAAAAAUAGUGCCUCAAGAAAUACACACUCAGCUGUCGAAGCAGAAUGAGUAUCUGACCUAUGUGAAUAGUGCUCACGAGUUGUGGGAUCAAGCCGAUCGACUGGUGCGCACAGGCAAUCAUAUAGAUUUCUUCCGCGAACUGGAUCACGAGAAUGGCCCGCUGACGCUGCAUAGCACCAUGCCUGAGGUGUUUCGAUAUGUGCAGGCGGGCCUCAAGACGCUCAGGGAUGCUGUGUCGCAUCCGACGCAACAGACGCUGCAUCAGUCGCACUAACGACAGCAGGAACAGCCGCAAAGGGAACGACAGCGGAACCAGAAGCAGAAGCUGAAACAGAAACAGAAACAGAAACAUAAACACCACCACCAAACGUGUCUAAAUAAAAGUCAGGCCAAAUUAGCAACUAUUAUACACUACAAGCUACUAAUUUAGUUAAUCAAGAAACACUACACGCAAUGAAAAGAAACGAAACUAAACGGAAUAAUCCAAGAACCUUCCAACAGAACAGCAAGGAGAGAACCAACCAACCAACCAACCAAUCAACCAAUCAACCACAACACAACAAAUAAUUUGUUAAUAAUUUAUAGUUUUAUAUGUAUGUAUGUAUGUAAUUUGUAUAUGCACACCAAUUACUUAUUUCCUUAUGCUCAAUUUUCGAUUGUUUUUUGUAAGCAUGUUAAGCUUUAUAUUUAUGCCUAGUUUUAAUUGAUAUUACCUACCACACACACACACACACACAAACACACACCACACCACACUAAAAGUUUAAUUAGCUUUAUGUCUAGACCGUAAGCUCCACCAAACAACAAGUAAGAAAAAAGUAAACUGACCCUGCCCCUGACUCCCGUUUAUGCCCGAUUGUACUACCUGUAACCCACAUGAUGAACAUUUUAGUUGAAUUUUGUUUUCGUAUGCGUCAAAAGCAAAGAAAAAGAAUGCCUUUUAUAAUUGUUUAAGUUUUAGUUAAUUUUUUCUUUGCAUUGCAUUGCAUUGGUAAAGAGAAUCGAUCGCGUUAGCCAAUAUAUUUGUAUAUGCAUAUUAUCGCAUCUACAUAUUUAAAGCAACACGUUAUAGUUAUAAAUUCCUUGUAAUAUUUUUGAUUAUUAAUUAUGUUUAGUGCAACUAUUCUAUUGAUUUAAAAGUAAUUUUUUUAAAGCAAUCACAACAACGUUUCUAGAACAAAAUACAUGAAAUGAAGGAAAAUAAGAUAUAUAUUUAUAUAUAUAUAUGGCAAAUAUAUCAGCGUAUAUGGAAAUUUAA